AUGGAUUUCUCAUCUCGACCGUCCGAGAGCAUCACUGAACACAACAAAGCAAUCCACCGAUGUGGGGAGCAGUGGACAGGAGCUCUCCAGCUUCUUCAAGAAACCGAAAGACGGAGGUUUCGGCGCGAUGUGGUAACAUGCAACUCAGCACUGGGUACAUUAGAGAAGGCCUGUCAGUGGCAGCGUGCCGUCCAAGCUGUCGCUGACAUUCGAAAGCAUCGCCUAGAGCGCAACUUGGUGACUUUUUCGACCAUGGUCAGUUCGCACAGAGGACGUGGAUCCUGGCCAGAUGCUGUGCUGCUUCUGUGCGACAUUGAGAGCUGUCAACUAGAAGUGAAUUCAGUGACAUGCAACGCUGUGGUUGCUGUUCUGGAGAGGACCUCGCAGUGGUCACGGGCUGUAAGCUUGCUGUAUACCAUGCAGGCCACACGCACUCAGGCAACGAUUGUUACGCUCAACUCCUUGAUUAGCUCCUUUGGAAGGGCCGCAGAAAGUUCGAAAGCUUUGCUUAUGACACAGAGUAUAUGUAAGCUGCACCUGCAGCCUACCAUUGUCACAUACAGUUCGGCAGUCAGUGCGUGUGAAGCUGCCUCGGAUUGGAAGACAGGCCUGGAGAUGCUCAAUGCAGCCCACAGAGAGUGGCUGCAGUUGAAUGUCAUUCUUUACAGUGCCACCAUAAGUGCGUGUGGCAAGUCUGCAAUGUGGCUGCAUGCUUUGCAGCUGCUUCGGGAGAUGGAAGUCAUUAGUUUAGAGCCAAACACGAUCACUUACAGCUCGGCAAGUACAGCUUGUGAGAGAGCUGCUCAAUGGCAGCGUGCACUGCUCCUGCUCGACGAGAUGGAGCGCAUUCAGGUAGUGCCGGAUGUGAUCGUGUAUAAUGCUACAAUAAGUGCCUGUGAAAAAGUUGGACAUUGGCGGAUGGCCCUGUACCUAAUGAGUGAUGCGUUUUCACGCAAGCAGCUCUUGCCAAACACAGUGACGUACAACGCAGUAUUGGCAGCAUAUGAGAAAUCAAGCCGUUGGAAAACCUCCACCUGGCAUCUGAACCAGAUGAAGCAACAGCAGCUUCAACUGGAUGUCAUCACAUACAAUUCGGUCAUCUCUGCCUGUGAAAAGAACUCUGAAUGGCAGUAUGCUGUGUACAUGUUGCACCAGCUUUGCACAGUGCAUCUCGAUCCGUCCCUUAUAACAUACAACGCAUGCAUCAGCGCAUGCGAAAAAGGCGAGGAGUGGCAGCUUGCCUUGGAACUUCUGAAGGAGGUAGAGCUGGGGCGCCUGCAAGCUGAUAUCAUCACCUACAACUCGACCAUCAGUGCAUGUCAGAAGGCUGCACAAUGGCAGCUAGCUCUGGCCCUCCUGGACCAGCUGACAUUUCUCCACGUUCGGCAGGACGUCAUUACGCAUAAUUCAACCAUGAGUGCAUGUGAGAGAGCCGCGCAGUGGCAGCAAUCCAUGGCUCUUCUCAGCAAUACAUGGCGUCUUGCGGGUCGCAAUGACGAAAUAUCGUUUAAUGUUGCCAUCACUGCAUGUUGGACUGCGAUUGCCGCUGUGCAAAAGUCGAUUGGCCCCACAUGA